AUGGAGAGUGAGGCGAAGGAAGUGCCUGCCGAGCUCGUGACGGUGGUAACCUUUAACGUGCUUGCGCCGUGCUACAACGCGAAGGAGGGUGGCCGCCAUGCCGCCACCAAUCUCAUCAACAGCCGGCAGUGGCAGGAGCGGCACCGCACCAAGGUCAUGCGCGACACGCUCGCGCACCAAGCGGCCGACGUCAUAUGCCUCCAAGAGUAUUGGUUCGCCCCGGCCUUCCUCUCCCUCUACGAAACCGAGAUGGCUCGUCUUGGGUAUCAGGGGGUGACUCUGCGCCGUACGGGGAGGAAGGAGGACGGGGUGGCGACGUUCGUGUGCACGGAUCGCUUUGACAUCGUGGCCUCCCACGAAGUGCGGUUUUCUGAUGCCGGAGACCGUGUGGCCCUCGUUGUGCUCCUCCGCUCACGCAAGACUGGCGCUCUUUUUGUGGUGGCCAAUACCCACCUGACCUUUCCUCACCACGAAUUUGAUAUGCGGAUGCGCAAACAGCAGACCGCCAAGGUCCUCAGAGCGGUGGAGCUCUACUUGCAAAGGAAUCAGCUGGCCAUUCCUGUCAUUGUCGCAGGGGACUUCAAUGGAACGAGCGACGACGCUGCGUGCAACCAACGAGAGGUUGGCGUGACUCACCACAAUCACCUCGACGAGGAUGUUGGGGUGGACUUCAUUUUCGUGAAGAACUUCUCGCCAGAGGACAUCGCCAAAGAGGUGGUCCAGGACGAGACAGACACACAGGAGUUCGGUUUCCUCUCGAAGAAGUGGUUGGUAGAGCACCGGGCCAGCAUUUCUAGCGUCACGCUCACCGAUGCCGCUGGCGACCCCCAGCAGCGAUGUACGUUGGAGGUUGUGCAGAGCUGGGCUCACCCUGCUCGCGAGUCCGAUGCCGUGUGGUCGAUCUCCUUCGGCGACACCUCCGACCACCGCCCGAUCCCGCGUAAGGGAAGAAAAUGGAUUGACCCCAAGAACUCGACCAAGUUCCAACUGGUGCAUCGAUCUUAUGAGGAUCCUCGCUACGGCGAUUCCCAAGCCACCGUUCGCAUCCUCGCGCCCAUCGAGAACCCCAAUAUUGCUCGCAAGAGGCUGCCGGAUGCGUACUAUGAGCAACAGGAAAAGAUCAUCGAGCUUGUUGAAGGCUUCAACCAGGCCGCUACCGGGGGCGAUGGCGAAGACGCCGACGAGGAGCGCCUGAUGGCGUCCAAGCAGCAGACCGGCAGGAGGGUCCACAGGGAGGAGCACGAUGACGACGAAGACAGCGAUGAUGACAGAUACUAUGACGAAGAGGACGAAGACGAUGAUGAGGAAGGCCACGAUGGUGCCGCUCACGAGCACGGUGAUGAGGAAGAGGACGCUGACAGGUUUGCCGACGCUGACGAAGAUGAGGACGACGAUCUCCCUCCUCUUGAAGAAGACGAGCGCAAGAAAGCUCCCGCACAGAAGAGUGCAGCAGCCAAGGACGUCAAGGGCAAGGCCAAGCCCAAGGGUAAGGCCGGGGUCAACGCACAGGAGUUCGAGCUGGGCGAGUACGGCUUCGACAGCAACUACAACUACGCGCAGCACUUCAAGCCGAUGGGCGUCUCGGGCGGUGUGUUCAUGGAGGCGCCCGUGCCCAAGGGCGCCCCCAAGAAGGGACAGAAGCCGGCGUUUGCGCUGCGCGAGGACGAGGAAAAGGAGAUGAUGGGUAAAAUCUUGACCACAGACAUUGUCGACUUCCUCGAUGACGCCGACAUUCCUGACGAAAUCCCCGAUGAUGUGCUUGCCGCGCUCAACGACCCCGAGGCCUUCGAAUCGCUGACCGACGACUUCAUCGUCGCUGCUGGCGAUGAGGAAGCCGACGGCGAUGAGGACCAAGGAGCGGGCAGGAGGGGUAAGCGAAGGCCAUCCAGGAAGGUCCACUUCGACGACGAGGACGACGGAGAGUAUGGAGAGGAGGACUACGACCAGGACGAAGACGAUGAAGACCUGGAUGCUCUGCUGGAGGGCCUCAAGGCCAACCCCGAGGGCAACAAAAGGAGGGAGAGAAACGAGCACGAGCAAAUCUUCGACGCCCGGUUCGAAAGGGCUCUGGCCGAGUUCGACGACGACGAGAUCGGCGAGCUGGAGCAGGAGGCCGAAGAGAUCAAGGGAAUGACCACCAUGGACCAGCUCGGGCCCGUGCUGAAGGAGUUCAUCUCGUCGCGAAGGAGGGUCAAGGGCAUCAUCGGCAAGAAGGCCACGGGUGACGACGACACCAAGAGCGUGAGCGGCGCGUCACAGAAGAGCCAAGCCGGCGACCGGUCCCGGGCGAGCCAGGCCGGCGAUGCCCAGGGUGAGGAAUCGGAGGGCGAGGAGGAGGACGACACGGGCGACGAGUUCGUCUUUGUGGAGGCUGAAGAGCCCCGAGACCAAUGGGAUUGCGAGUCCAUCACCACGACGUACACCAACACCGAGAAUCAUCCGACACUGAUCGAUGACGGUCCUCUCGUGUCGAGGAGGCGACCGCCCAUCGUCUUGUCCAAGAAGACCGGCAUCCCGCUCGGCGUCCUGCCCACCACUCAGCCUAAAGUCAAGCACACAGAGGAACAGCCUGCGGUCAACCUGGGCCAAGCUCGCAAGAAGGAAGAGACCAAGGAGGAGAAGCGAGCCAGGAAGCAACAGAUCAAGGAAGCGCGAAAGGCCAACCGGGAGCGAAAGAAGGAGAUCAAGGGCGCGUUCAAGGAGGAGGAGCUCCGACAGCUCAACAUGCAGGCCAAGGGCCAAGGCCAGCGCAUCAUCAGGCUCAAGUAG